UCAAAGUUCCAUGAUGCAUUGCGCCUAACGUUGGUCGGUGCGGCUGCAGGCGGGAGAGAGUCUAAUUGAUGUGAUAAUUUUCACAUUGGAGCCCCAACAUAAUACGUUAAUGUCGCGGUGUGUGGUUAUGUACAGCCUGUACAAUCGUCAAAAUGAGAAAAGCAACAGAAAAUCAAGGGGACACUCGGGCACUCGCAGAAUACUUCUCCCCGAGGAAUAAAGUGAAGGACCGCGCACUUCAGCAGCACUCUUUACCCCCUUUCACAUCUUUCUACCCAGAGACUCCAGUGAAGCCCUCUCAGGUCCAUAACCGGCUUUCUCACCCACCACCUAGGAGAGUCUUGCCACUUCUAAGCCCUGAGCUGUGCUACAGGGACAGAUUGGGUCCACCUCAGUACCCCUCUCCUCCUAUGGGACCAAUCCAUUCACCAGAGUAUAUUCUAUGCAGCCCAGCUAAUGUUGGAACCCCAUCAAACAGAUCAUAUCAGAUGCCAAGGGACAGGCUAGGUCCUCCUCAGUACUCUGCUCAACCUUCAGGGUCUUUCUCGUCGCAUCUUGUUCCAGUCAGCAAAUCAGACAUUGAUACCUCAGCGAAUAGGCUGCAACCCUUGCCUCCUGGUGUCUUUCACCAUGCUCCCCCUCAACUGAUGAAGGAUUUAAGUAACAACACUCCAUCCCUCCAAGUCAAGGGAGAUCAAGUAACCGAAGCCACUUAUACUUUGUCUUAUUCAGGAAGUAAAAAUGUAACAGCAGAAGGUGAAGAAUCAAACAAGGCUCAAUCCAGCAAUGUGAGGAUGCCUGUACCUACUGUCCAGCUACACAGACCCCCUGUUAACCCAUCACUCAACAACAGAGCACUUCAAGAAGUUUACCCACGGCCCUUCCCAGACUCAGAGCACUGCAAUAUUGGUAACAGCUACUGGACCCCAUGUGGCUACCAGCCUCCUCCGAGUACCCUGUCUUCAGACAGAAGUAGUGGUUCAGGUUUAUCCACUACGUACAGCCCUGUAGCCUCUUGCCAGGACCAACAACAUCAACAAACACCUUCGAGUGAAAAGUUAAUUCCAGCAGUGGACUUGAAUUGCUCAUCACAGAAGAGGCACAGGGAGUUUGAGGACUCUGAUGACAGUGCCAAGAAACUGUGUCUUGAGGGUGCAAACUCUGGCAAAGUGCUGACACCAAAACCCACUGUUUGCAACUCAGUCAGCACUUCACCAGUGUCGUCAUCAAGGAAUUCUUCAGCCUUGGAACUGCCGCCCGAAACCACAGAUAUCCAUAUGUGCUCAGAGCCGGCAUGUGGCCAGUCAUCAUGCUUGGAACUCUCAUCCACAUUUAAGCCCACCCAGUCAUCCUGUGCAUCACUGUCACCCAAACCUUGCAUAAAGACACGACCAUCGACUGGGGCAAAGCAGGCAUAUAUAAAUCCCUCUCAGAAUCAUAUAGUGAAGUUAAAGGAGUUAAAAUCAUCUUCAAAGCCUGCUGAGGAAAGUUUGAAGAGAAGAAGUGAGGAAAACAAUCAAAUGAAUAAAUCAAGCACUUUGUUAUCCCCUCUGAUUUCACAGAGGGACACUAGUAGCCUACCUCAUGUUCAGCUAGGCCGCCGCCAUUCUGAUCAUACUCGCCGUAGUACCUCAGUCUUACCAGUCAAGAUCCCAAGCAGAGGUAAUCAGGUGGAGGAGAGCAGAAAGAUGGACAGUAACACUCCCAAAUCAACCUCAAAACCAAAUUCAGGUUCUCUGAGCUCUCGAAUGAUAGAACGGAAUAAAAAUUCCCGCCCACGAAGACCCGUUAUAAUACCCGAUGAUGUGGAUGAGCUCUUCACCCCUGAUCCCAUGACUUAUGUAGUCAACCCUGCACAUAAAAGUGCAAAGCCCAAGAUGGAUGAGGGAACUAUUAAAUCACCCACCGCAGAGAGAAGUUGUACCUCCAGCACUGUGACCACCUCCAGUACUGUAGUCACCGGAUCCUCAUGUCACAAAACUCAGAACCCCACAGUAACUGGUUCCUCUCAUGCAGUGGACACCAAAGCAUCUUCCUCAGCACUUAGCCCACAAGUGCUCUUGCCAACUGUAGCUUUAGAGUGGGUAAAACUUGAAAAUGCAAUGCCCGUUUGCUCUAAAUACAAGGAACUCAAAAACAGUCCCAUCACCUCUUCAGCAAGGCGGCUUAAGGAAGACAGUGUUAAAUCUGAUGAGAAACACACAUCUCCCCUCCCUAUCAAUGUGACUUUAGAGACUGACACUGCUGCAAAGGAACAAAAUUCUACAUCCCAUUGUUCUCAGUCUCCACCACUGGAGAGGCAGGCAAGUGAAGCAGGUGAAAAGCAGGUGAAUGAAGAGGAUCCCAUAGAUGUGGAACUGGACCUAGGCCUGAGCUUUGCGUUAGAUUUUGAUCUAACCCAGAGCUCUCAAAGCAGUGAGGAGGAGCAGCUACUUUCUUUGCAGGAGAUGAUGGAGCGUGCUACCAAGCCUCCAGAUACACCAGAGAAGGGAGCUUUCUCAGAGCCUAGUACACCUGGACACCGCAGCAGCCAGUUAAAAACUCAACCACUGCCAUCCACCACAAAGCCAGGCUUCUAUAAGAACAGCCUUGAUCAGAUGCUGAAGGAAAUAAACACCAAUAAAAAAGCAAAAGAGGUUGAAACGCAGCUUCUCACUGCAUGUAAGGAAGACCUGUUGAGAAUAGCUGAAUAUGAGGAGGCUGAGGAGAACCAGGAGGAGGGCAUCUCCACUGAACAACAGGAGUUCCUGCAGCGCUACUCGCUGAUGUCCAAUGCAAUCAGAGAAGUUCCUCCAGGAGAAGUAGUCUUCAAUCUGGAGAAGUUUGGCCGGAUCUUCAACCAGGAUACGCUGCAGCUUAGACAGUGCAUGGUCAAUCCACAGGGGACAGCACAGAAAACACUUCUUUGGUCCAGUCCUGCUCAGCUAAGACUGCAUGUGAAUAUUGGAUUGUUCCAGGAAGCUUACAAUUGUUGCUCACCCUGUCCAAUUCAGGUUACCCGUUUCCUAUUCAAGAUGAUGUCAGUCCAUAGUGAGAGGAUGAUAUCCGAAAAGAUACUACAGGCCCUCUGUGACAUCGCCUGCAGUGCUGCUUAUCAGAUGGUGAAAAAUGGAAGCCAGCGGUUUAGAGUAUGGGUUCCCAGUUUGGCUGAUGUGACACUGGUGCUGAUGAAUAUGGGAGUUGCAUUUGUUACUCUCUUCCCGUUUGAGAAUCUGCAGCCUCCAUUCACAGAAGGAGAUUUGCUGGAGGACAUCUACAUCAAAAGUGACAGUCCUUCCAGUGACAAGGAACAGAGUACUUUCCCUGAACACAACUGCAACAACAUCUUGAAGUACCUGUCUUAUUGUAUGGACCUGUGUCCACGGGCGUACAGUGACAACGAGCUGCUGUUGCUGCUAACUGUGGUGGGAAGGCUGGGCCUGGACACACGACUCAUCCUCCGGUCCAGUGUGGAGCUGUACCCUCUACAGUAUAAGAUUGUCAACAACAUCAGGGACUGGGGCACAAUGCUGCCCAGAAUCUGUGUGGCCCUUUCUGAUCUGACAGAUGACCACCACAACAUGUGCCUGCUCGUUCAACUGCUGCCUGACAACACACGUGGAAAACAGCUGCGCCGUCAUCUGAGCCUGUCCAUGAUCUCUAAGCUGUUAGAUGGAAAUUGCACUUAUAGACCUACAGAAAAAGAGUUUCAGCUCUCUACACUGAGGCAGUACCUGCCCCGUAUGCAGCCCUCCACCCUCCUCCGAGGCAUGGUGAGCUCCUCCAGCAGCAGUCAGAAAGAUAAAGAAGACAUUGCCACCCUAGACCAACAGUCCUACUACCUCUGCUACAGCCUUCUGACUUUGGCAAAUGAAGCUUCCAAUUUUCAGUUCUUCCCAGCCCACCAGAAGGAGCAGCUGCUGUGUCUGUGCUCUGAGCUGGAAACGCAUGUUAAGUGUGACAUCAGAGAGAGCGAGAAAUGUCUUUACCGCAGCAAAGUAAAGGAUCUAGUGGCCAGGAUCUACACCAAGUGGCAGAUGCUGCUUCAGAGGACCCGGCCUCUCCAUGGCAAGCUGUAUGAUUAUUGGCAACCUCUACAUGUGGAUACGUUGAUCAGUAGCCAAGAAGAGCAAGAUAUGGAUAACAGUGAUGAAGGAGAGGGCACUGUGAUGGAGGAAAACCCUGUGAUGGAGGAGGAUGAACUAGAGGAGGAAACUAAUGAAGCUGAAGAGAAUGAGGGUCUAAUGAUUGCUGAGGACAACAAGGAAGAGAAAGAGGAAGACGAUAUGAAACUGGAUGAAAAGCUAGGAGAAACUGGAGUAGACGAUCCAGAGGCAGCAGAACCAGUGCCUGAAAAGCUGAGCCAAGAGAUGCCAGAAAUGGAGCCUGAAGUACAUGAGGAGUCUCAAGUGAUGGAUGAGCAAAUAGAUGCUGGUAACACAGAGUGUACUGAGGUGGAGACUGAGAAUCUGGCUGAUACUAUACAAACUUCUCACAAUAUCCAGGGAGCAGCAUGUGAUUUAGUGUCAUAGAUAAAAUAAAAAUAAAAAAAGUCAACGCUUUAAUAGCUACUGCCUUAACAUUAAGCUCAAUUUGCACUAUUUUCCUGUCCUCCGCUAUCCCUAACUCUUAAAGUUUCAUUUGUUGAUACAAACAUAAAUUGUAUAUUAAUGUCCAUUUUAGAAGAGAUGACAAACUUUGUUGAAAGUUGAAGCCUUACGAACUUUUUGGUUAGAAACAAAACAUAAAUUUAAUGUGUAUAUUUUUUGGAAAAUAACUUGUCAUCAAAAUGUAUGUAAAUUACUUGUUACUGUACCACUGUUCUCAGUCAUUCAGUUGCAUAAAAAUGUGGAUAUUACUUGUGUUACUGAAUACUGUCAUUGAGUGCCUGCCACAGCCUGCAUUUAUUUGGAGGGAACGAACACCCUCGUCUUCCAGCUGUGCUCGUUUGUUAAAAUUUUGUAAUUUCUCAAAAAUACUUGAUUUAUUUGUGUUAUUGUUUGUUGAAAAGCUGACUGAAUGUACCAUAUGUAUGGUAUUAUUUCACAAAUCAGCCUCAGCUGGAAAUGCCCAAAUAUUUGUUCUGGAAGUUUGAGGUUUCCCUUUAGCCCCACUGGUGUAUCUAUUUGAUGCUUGUAAGUUCCAGUAAAACUGCUGUGCAGUGCUCAGAGUCUGCUUGACUAUGCAACAGGUUUACUGUAAGUUAUCAGUUUAAAAACAGCAGCUAGUAAUUAGGUUUCUCAGCCGUUACUGUUUGUUAUCUAAAGUAAUGUAGUUGGCCUUUUCACAGCAGACUGGUCAUAGCAGGAAAAGCACAAGUGUUUCUAAUAACAUUAAUCUCUGUUCUAGUGUCCUAGAAAGCCAUGGCAGUGUGACGGUGAGCCAACACACACAAUACCAGGACUCUGAGAUGGAAGCAGCUGAAUAGAAUUCAGCCAUCAUUAAUUUUAUUAUUUACACCUGUGUGUUACUUACUGUGACAUGUCAAUUUUCUUUUCAGUGAAAAAGGCUUGUUUAAUUAAUGUCAGUUAUUCUCCAGAUACAUAUUUUCUGUGUAAAAAUGUGAAUAGUACUUAUUGGUAAAAAUUUUACUGUUGUGUGUGUGCAUGUUAUUCAUUUUUUUAAAUGAUUAAAAAUACUUUUUUAAAGCUGUUGUCAAAUACAGAAAAUAAACUUAAUUUACAUGUUAACAGAA